AUGUCGUUGCCGCCAGAGGUCCGCGCGCGGUAUACCACCAUCAUUGAUUCGAUCCUCGAAAGUGCGGAUCUCACGACCAUCACAACCAAGAAAAUCCGACAGGGGAUACAGGAUCAAGUCGAAUACGACAUUACACCGCAGAAGAAUGCGAUCAGGGACUUGAUCGGCGAGAGAUUCGAUCUCAUCAAUGCAAAGAGAAAUGGCGAGACCACGGUGAUCCCAUCUGUCGAGACAGCUGAAGUAGUCGAACCUUUCGCUCAGACUAAUGGUGUCCACCAUUCUUCCGCACAAUCCUCGAGCUCGCCAGCCAAAAGAGAGGCAGAGAGUGAAGAUGUUUCGGAUGUUAUAGAUGCACAACCUCCGAAGAAAAAGCAGAAAUCUGUCAUCGACGCAGAUGCCGCAUACGCUGCUCGUCUACAGGCUGAAGAAGACAAACUGGCGCGGCCCACUCGUGGUGGAGGGAGCCGCAAGACAGCUCCUGUCAAGAAGAAGAAAAGGUCGAAGAAGGACCGUGUGACUGGAUCGGAUGACUCAGACAUCGAUGGAGAGGAGCGCAAACAGAAACCCAAACGAGACACUGGUUUCCACGCACUGUCGAAUCUAUUCGACGGAGCAACGCAGCUGUCACGGCCGGAGACUACCAAACGCAUAUGGGCGUACAUCAAAGCGAACGAACUUCAAGAUCCCAGCGAUAAGCGCUACAUCAUUUGCGAUGCGAGGAUGCGAGACGUUUUCAAGCAAGACAAGGUCCACAUGUUCACCAUGACCAAGUUGAUCUCGCAGCAAAUGUACAACCCUGAUGAAUGA